CAAUGUGGUUUACGUUUAGUUUCUGUGAAACUUUUGUACAUUCUACCACAAAGCAACGCUAAUUUAAUGGUCGGGUCAUAUUCCUUAAAACCUAGUUAUUGCUCUGGGCAACUUGUGAGCUGAUUGCGCCACUCAUAAUGAAGAUCUAUAGCAAGUGCUGUGCAGACAGUCCCCACGUUGUGAAUGGGUUUCGUUCCUGAAUUCUUUUGUGAGUCGAUUUGUACACAAGUCGGAACACAAUGCAGAACAAUAUAAAGCAGCUGUUCAUGGUGAAUAUCAUGGCUUUGGAGGCUCCUGUUGAAGAUACCCUGAUGAGUUGCUGCAGUGCAUCCUUCAGACUACAUGCUGCAGCUGGACUAGUGGUUGGAAUAAACUAAUGGAAAAUCACCCACAUUUCUGACCCUGAUUGCUGGAAUCUUCUAGAAAGUUUGGGAGAAGAGCCAUAUGAACACUGUGCUGGAGGCAACAUGGAUGCUGGAACGGUGACAAGUUUAUCAGACUUGUCCAAUUCCUUUAAUCACUUUCUGGUGAACUACAAAGACCCAAAGCUCUUGUACUGUGCAAAUGGAGGGUACUUUGUUCGACUUCUCCCUGACGGACAAGUAGAGGGGACGAGAGACCGCAGCGAUGCAUACAUUCGCCUCCAGCUACAGGCUGUAAGUAGAGGAGUGGUGACCAUUCAAGGGAUUGAAUCUGGGCGCUACCUAGCAAUGAGCGAACUGGGACAGCUUAAUUCCUCACUGACCCUGACAGAUGAAUGUCUCUUCCUCGAAACAUUGGAGGAGAAUGGUUAUAACACUUACAAGUCAAAGGAGUAUAUGGAAAGGAACUGGUACGUCGCCAUUCGAAAGAACGGAAAUGCCAAACCAGGACCAAAAACUAAUGUUGGACAGAAAGCUAUCCUGUUCCUUCCCAUGCAAGUUACAAGUGACUAAAUGUAUAUCUGCAGCAUUAAACAGUCUCCUGAAUGAAGCAGCGUCUGAAUGUACAAAAAUGCUCCACAUAGAUUCGGUAGUUGCGGGUCAAUGUGUCUCUGGGGAUAAUGACAGAAUAUGGUAGUGGGACCUGUAAUGUUUUUAUUUCCUUCAUUUUCAUCUCUAUUCUAACUUUUUCAAUCUUGAGAGCGUUGAUUCUACCCAGGGCAAGGGCAAUCACUCUUGAGGACCAAUGUGCUUUCUGACCUUCAUGUUACCAUCCAUCACAUCAGAGCCUAGAGAGCUAACGUCACCAGAACCAAGCAAGUACUGGCCUUUCUGGACAGUGUGAGCACGCGCGCGGGCGCACACACCACACACACACACACACACACACACACACACAUAUGACAUUUAGUGGCAGCAUAGAGAUUGGAAGCAAUGUUGUGGAUCUUUUCUGUACUAGCCUAAGCCACUGAGAGAGGACAACUGUGUCUCCCUAGCUGAGCCAAGCAGACCAGAAAAAGAACUGGGAACUUUCAGUUUAUUGUUAGCAUUUGCCUUUUCAGUGGUGGGCAUUUGUGUGGCAUUUAUGUUGAGUAUCUGGGUCAGUCAUUGAUACUUUCUACAGCGGAUAUGAGAGAGUAGCUUUUCUGCAUCCUCAUCUACAUUGAGGUUCUUGGUGUCCCUUAAGUUGUCAACUUUGAUUUGUAUAUGCUUGGAGGUUUCAUCACAUGAUCUCACUUUUCCAACGACCCCACCCAGUCAAACAGCCAUUUCUUUGUCCUUGUAACUAAUAAAUGAAAAAAAAUGGAAAAAAAAAUGCCUUUAUGACUUUAUUUUUUCCCAGGGUUACUUGAGACAACGGUGACUCUUUAAUUUCUGGAAUUUCCAUCACAGUCCUGGAGAGUUGUUAACCCUUGCCUUACCACAAAUUAGGUUUAGAAAAAGUUCAGGAAGACUGCCAAUGAGCAUGAUAGGCCUGAGAGCUUGUUUUGAGUGAGAACUCAGGGGAAAAUCUAUCCUCAUAUUUGAGUAUUAAAGCAUGAUACAUCAGCAAUUUGUUUUAAAUGUCACCCGCUUCAAGCAACCAGCCCACA